CUAAUCGGCGCACGUCGCGUACACUCUACUAGUGCAGUCCUCACUACUACCACACCUUUCCCUGGCCAGCGACAUAUGAUUAUAUGUCGACAACCGACGACAUGAACGACUCGCUGCCAUGUGGGCAGUCACGUAGCAAACGUCCCCGCGCUGGCGACGGAAUCCCGCCCGAACCGCCAGGGCCCGCCCAGCUUGACGAGCGCGGGCCGAACAACCUGUUGCUAGCCACCAUCAAGCACAGAGAAGGGGACGGGUUCACAUAUUACGCUAUGUGCAAGGAGCUGGGAAGCAGCCACGCUUACCUCCUUCCGGGACCCCCGGUCACCUGGCCACCCGCCCAGCUGACAGAGGUGGUGUCGUUUGCUCGUGAGAUCGUCCGGCACAAGUACAACGGCGGGCACAAAAACCAGCGCACAGCCCUUACAUCCUGCGCAGCUGCGGCCUCGUCCGUGACACCAACGGCUUCGUCAGGAGCCUCCUCUUCCCGCUUGUUCCGCACGGGGGGACACUGGAAGACCUGCUGAAUGGCGGGACUGGAGGGGGAGCCGGGGCAGAGGGACCAGUUCCGGUUCAGACCCUGCUGUCAGCGGUGUCCAUGGUGGUGAAGGCCGUUGACCUGUUGCAUUCCGCCGGGUACAUUCACCGUGACAUCAAGCCGACCAACGUGCUGGUGAGGCAUGGGCAUGGGCAUCGAGUGCAGUGCGUACGAGGGCAUAGGUAUACAUCGCUGGCUCGGUGGAUUCGUGCCUGUCUUGGAGUGACAAGGCGCUGCUCCUCUUCACAGUUGUCUGGCGGCGCGGGAAAGAAGAUGACAGCGCUGCUGGCCGACUUCGACCAGGCCUGCAGGCCGGGUGAACGUGGACAGGUGAGGGCGUUGCUGCGAGGUGGAACGCGCCGCGGGGUAGCGCCUCGUGAUACACUGAUUGCGUGGCAACGUUGCAAGAAGAGACGGCUUAUUGGUCUCACGUGUACGCACGCAGGCUGGCACGGAGGGCUUCCGCCCGCCAGAGGCUACUGGCGAGCAGGGAUCUAGGGGCCAGCGACACAACAAGAAGCUGGACUACUUUGCCAUCGGCCGUGUAGUAGUAGCGCUUCUGAUCGACAGUGCCGAGGAGGAGGAGCUGAGCAGUAUGUGCCGUUCCAUUCAAGAUAAUAAGUUCGGCGUCUUCAAGAUGGCAUACCAACAGGCUCAUGCCUCAAGGCCACCCGGCCUGUCGGCCGAGUCCGUGUGGGACCUUGCGGUGCUUUGCGGGCGCUUGACCAUGCCUGAGCGGUCUGCACGCCCCGACUGCCUGACAGAACUGAGGGGCUUGCUGCAACGGGUAGCGGGGGAGGCGGAUGCCAUGCUGCCAUUGUGGUGGGGCAAGCAGGUCAAGGAAGAGGACGUGAUUGUUAUUAGCGAGUAGGCCACGAUGGAGGAGGGGGUUUAGAUGGAGCAGCUGCAUGAAGGCGACCAAGGCAAUAGGUCCAUGCAGCUCACACCCCGGGCUUGGGCCCGGGCUUUGGAAGGACAGGGGCACAGGCGGACUUGGCCUUGUAAAAGGGGCUCUGA